UUUUGCACCUGAUCAUCCAGGCUUUUGCUCCUGAUCAUCCAGGCUUUUGCUCCUCAAUCUUCAGUUCGUGAAGUUUUUGCUCUCCCUCACCACCACCACUGCCAGAUUCCAAAAUGCACCUCCUCCUCCUCCCGCUACUGUUCCCAGCCUUGAUCAACUCCAUUGCGAUCCCGGACUCAGACACCUCCCCCGUCGUCCCCGAGCUCCUCGCUGGACAGGACGAUAACUUCAUCCUAGCCUACAGCAGCAUGUCCGUCCCCACCACGAACGCCGGCGCUUUCGUCGUCCCUCGUGCAGAGGAGCUUGCAGGUGCGUGGGUCUGUACCCCCGCCGCCACUCCUCAGUCUCAUCCUGUUCCUGUUCCCGUCGAUGGCCCAGCUGCCACUGCUGCCACUGCUGCUGCCGAUGCUGCCGUCCCGCUCACUACCGUUGCUCCUGCUCCCGCAGUCAAGCGUUGCGACUGCGCUGGUGCACGGGGAGGAGAUAAGCUCACCACCAUUGCUCCUGCUCCCGCAGUUAAGCGUUGCGACUGCGCUGGUGCCGGGGGAGGAGAUACGCGUUGCAGCUGUACACAAUGCAACUGCACGAAUUGCAGCUGCACACGUUGCGGGGGAAAAGCUAAGCGUUGCAACCGCACUCGCGGCGAGGGAGACGAAGUUGUCGAAGUCGACGAAGGAGUCGAAGACGAGUCGGGAGAGCAGGGGGAAGCAGACGACAAGCAAGAGCUCCUCGCCGAGUUCCGAGACUUCUUUUUGGGGGUCAAGGGACUUUCCACACAGUUUACGGACGCGGAGAAGUAUAGAACGGCGCUGGUCGAGGAUCUGGGCGUGGAUCUGCCAACGAUGGUCACGCCGACGCCGUUUAUGACACUCGAGAAGAGGUCUCUCACGGAGGGGCCGCAGCCGACGAUUGUUGUGGAGGGCGUUACUUAUACUCGUGCGGCUGCUGAGACAACUGAUCGUGCGGCGGAGAAGGUGAAGGUUCCGGGGUUACAACAGCUUGAUCUGGUCCGGGACUGUUUCUUGGAUUUGGAGGAGGCCCUGGAGUUCGUCAGGGCGAGAGUUAGCGAAGAGGAUGAGUAGCCUGGGAAGGAGUCGUAGCCCGGGAAAGUUCAUUGUUUCAGACCGGCGAUUGAUGGAUUAUGAUACCGACGAGGCUUUUGAUAACUGUUUAUUAUGAGUGGAUUAUUGAGAGGACUGGUGGGAUUGAUGGCUUGCUUUAUGAUCAUACCGACAAGGCUUUUGAUAACUGUUUUAUUAUGGGUGGAUUAUUGGGAGGACUGGUGGGAUUGAUGACUGUAGGAUAAAUUACAUUAACUAGAAGGGAGAAGCUGGU